AUGAUGUCCAAUCAUACACAAAUAUCGAAUAGUGAACAAUCUAAUUUUACGUCGAAUUUAAAUUCUCAUGUUAAAGGCCUAAAUGUUGAUUAUUACUAUCAUUUGGGUCUGAAUAGUACCUUUGAUUUAAAAUCGAAUUUUGGUGAUGUUAAAUAUGUUCUUAUGUGUGGAAGUGCAGUAAGAGCGUAUGAAAUUAUUCAGCGCGUUAUUCAAUCAUUAAAAAUUCGGCUACCCGUUGGACAAACUUUAGCUCCCAUUGGUAAAACAGAGCGAUAUAGUAUGUUCAAAGUUGGUCCUGUUAUUUCAAUUUCUCAUGGUAUGGGUAAACCAUCAGCAUCAAUAAUGUUGCAUGAAAUAACAAAAUUAUUAUCAGCUGCCGGUGUCUACGAUCCUAUUUAUAUUCGAAUUGGUACGAGUGGUGGAGUCGGAAUUGAAGGGGGAACAGUGGUAAUUGCAAAUGGUGUGGUCAAUGGUCUUUUAGAGCCUUAUCAUCCCGUAGAUGUAUUGGGAAAAAUAAUUAAUCGUCCAGCUAAAGUUGAUUUAAAGAUUGCUAAAGAGAUCUACGACUUGAGAGGUGACAUACCGGCGAUUAUGGGUACAACAAUGUCAACAGAUGAUUUUUAUGAGGGUCAAGCGCGUAUCGAUGGUGCUAUUUGUGAUUAUGAUAUGGAAGAUAAAUUAGAAUUUUUAAAACGUGCUUACGAUGCAGGUGUUAGAAAUAUUGAAAUGGAAGGAAAUUGUUGUGCAGCAUUUUGUACUCGCCUAAAUAUUCAUUUUGUUAUGGUCUGUGUGGCGUAUUUGAAUCGUUUGAAUGGUGAUGGAGUUUCAGCUUCUCCUCAACAGUUAACGCAGUAUGAAUCAAACGCAAUUACACUAGUAUUGAGAUAUAUUCAAAAGAAAAUGGGAUUAGAGCCAACAUGUGAUUCUCAAGGUGAAUUUAGUAUACCACAUGCACUGCAUUCAAAGCCAUUGGAUACAGCGAUAAUUAAUAGUGGAAUAGAACAAAUACUAACGGAAGAAGAAAAAGUUGCUAAAUAA